AUGGAAAAGGAUAUAGUGAGCAGCGUUAAGCACCAACCAAAGCGCUUUUGGAAAUAUAUUAAUGAAAAAAGGAAAGUGAGAUCAGGAAUCUCAGAUUUAAAAGGUCUAAAUGGUGACAUAACACAAAUUGCUUCAAGUGACGCAGAUAAGGCAGAUGUUCUGGUCAAUUUCUUUACAAGCGUCUUCACCAAAGCACCACCAGGCGAAAUACCAAACUUCGAGCAGAGGACAGUUAGCCAACCAUUCCAGGAUACAUCUUGCACGGAAGAAAAUAUUAUGAAGCUUUCAUUAAAAUUGAAUAGUAACAAAUCAUGCGGGCCAGACGAAAUGCACCCAAAAGCAUUAGAGGAACUAAGAGAUGUUUUGAAAAAGCCACUAUCAAUAAUAUUUAGUAAAUCUCUGGUGACAGGAAAAUUGCCACAAUCUUGGAAGGACGCAAAUAUCAAAGCCAUCUACAAAAAAAAAGGUCCUAAGACCGACCCAGGAAAUUACCGCCUAGUCAAUCUCACAAAUAGCAUAGCUAAAUCAAUGGAAAAACUAAUUCGAGACAGUAUUGUACAACAUAUGCAAAGAAAUUUACUUAUUCAGUAA